AUGGGUGAAUUCUUAAAUGUGGAUAAUUUGGACAGCUUAAGAGCAAUACAUGAAAGUGAUGAGCAGUGGAAGUUACGGCGAAUGUUUCUUGAACGACAUAUUGCUGAUUAUCCAAAAAAUCAACUUCUCUGCCUGGCACAAAUCUUCUGUAAUAUGAUCUCUCUCGGUUGUGUGUAUGAUCAGGAAUUGAUGAAGACAGUCAGGGAAAUGGGUGAAGGAUUGUGCGAAAUGGUUAAGGACCGUAAACGAACUUUUGAGCAAGGUUCCGUCAUGGCAUCUGUUUUGAAGAAAGCAAAAUUGGAGUCAAAAAGUGGAAGUAUUAUCAGUGAGGACUCGCCAUGCGCUUUGAAAAGGAAGAGUUUUAUGCUGAUAAGAGCGCAGUUGACUGUCCUUGAAAAGGAGAGUGAGCCGCUCGUUUCACUCAACCAACUAACUUCUCGACUCAAGUACAAGUGGGAAUUGAAAAGUCUUGAAAAUGGCAAAUCAGUGCUUCUUGUGAAUGAUGUCACUGUUUUGGAAGGAAUUUUACCGGCAUGGAAUGACAACGAUGCAAAAAAUUUUGCUGCUGCAGCUGCCUUAGCAUCCUUGUCAAGGGAAGAUACAGAAGUGCGCGCGAAAGGCGGCAAAUUUGAAUUAUGCAGGAGCGAUGAUGGCCCAUCCGAUUUUUAUACGUCUUAUCUUUUGAAUCAGUUAAAAAUGGCCAUUAAAGUGAUGCCGACCAAAGGAACUUCAUUUGAUAAAUUGGAAAGCGGUCUUCGUACAGUUCGAAUGCCUUUACGAUAUGUUGCCGAACGCGGAACAGGAUGGGAACAAAAAAUAUCGAUAAACGCACUGAAUGUUCAACUAGCAAAUGCUGUGUUACGAAAAGGUGAAUGCAAUAAGAGUCGAGAAAAGGAACGGAAAGAGAAUCUGGCUAACGUAGUUAUUCAAAGACUCAGUGAUCCGGAUUUUGAGCUUGUCCCAAGUAACAAUGGAUAUAUACUUCGUUAG